AAAGCUGAAACUUGUAGUCAAAACCCAGAUUUCCAAUUUCUGAACACUUGGGAAAAUGACUUUCCAGAAAGUGAAGAAAAACAAUUAGUUGAUGAGGGCGAGGAUGAACAUUAUGAACUUGGACAAAGAUAUGGCAAACGCUUAUUUAACCUCUAUGCAGAUAGUCUUGAUAAUGUGAAAUUUGUAUCAUCAAGUAAAGAAAGAUGUACAGAAAGUGCUCUGUCAUUUUAUGAAGGGCUGAGUGAAGUAGUGUUACAUGAAGCCUUUGAUAAUCUUAAGCCAAUCAUAAAUGACAAUAUUCUGAGAUUUCAUACUAAAUGUGUUAAAUUUAUUGAAGAAGUUGAAAAUGAUAGAACUCAUAUGAAGGUUCAUAAAAAGUUUAAAACAAGCAAUGAAAUGAAUUUGCUUUUAGAGAGAGUCCAAAAACGAUUAGGACUUGAACAUGCAACACUAAAUGCAGGUGAACUGAAAUUGAUUUAUUUCUGGUGCACAUUUGAGAUGAUUAUUUUAGAAAAAGAUGAUUGGUGUCAUAUGUUGACAGAUGAAGAUAGAGAAGUUAUAGAAUAUCACAAUGAUUUGAAGCAAUAUUGGAAAAAGGCAUAUGGACAUCCUGUGAUAGCUGAAAUGGCUUGCCCCCUGAUGACAGAAAUAUUUGGAACACUAGAUAAAGUCAUUGAAACUCAAUUAAACAACAUGAAUCAGAGAGGAAAUGUGGCAUCCUUUUACUUUGGUCAUACAGAAAGUUUAGCGCCUUUGUAUGCUGCAUUAGGCCUAUUUAAUGACUCAUCACCUUUACUCGAUACCAAUUUUCACGAAAUGAAAGACAGAGUAUUUAAAUCUAGCAAAAUUCUGCCAUUUUCUGCCAAUAUUGCCAUGGUGCUUUAUAAAUGUGACUAUAAGGACGAACCCGAGCCUAGUAUCAAUGACUUUGUGUUAAGAAUUUAUGUGAAUGAACAGCCUGUGAGUAUACCAGCAUGUGGCGACUAUGUUUGCAGUUAUAAGCUAGUUAGAUAUUCAUAUACACAACUUGUGGACCAGUGUGAUUUUGAUGAAUUCUGUAGAACUAAGAAGCAUGAUGAAUUGUGACGUUAUUAUAGAUUUAAAAGUUUGAUUUAAUGAAAUGGGUAGUGUUGAUAUUCAGUCAUAAUUUCAUAUCUACUUGAAAGGAAGAUUGUAUAUCUUUAGUCUUACAUAUAAACUAAAUAUGACAUGUUAAAUUUUAAGUAUUUGUGGGGCUGUCCUAGUCACCCCUGCAUCGGCAUCCAGAUUUCAGAUUAAAGUUUUGGUGCAGUAAAAUAAUUUUUACUAUAACUGUUUUAUUUCUUGAGGUAUCAACUUCAAACUUCCAACCAAGGUUCAUAUCUCCCCUUGAACUUAGAAUUUUCCAUAAAAAGUGAUAUUGUUUACUCUUCUUUGUUCCACAAGGAAUAAACUUCAAACUUUAAAUGUUUGUUCCUUAUCAUCACCCACAUCAUGUGUGACAAGAUUCAUAACUCUAACAUGAAUAUUUCCGAAUUAUCUCCCCACCAACCAUAUGAUAAUGAUAGAACAAGGUAUAUAACUCUAGAGUCUAGUGUCAAUAUUUCCAGAAUUAUCUGCCCGUUGAACAUAGAAUUUUUCUUAUUUAUUCUGUAACUUCUUUAUUUCUCAAGGUUAUAAUGCACUUCAAAUAUAAUAUAUGUUAUCAACACCUACAUCAUAUGUUAUUAGAUUUGUAAGUCUAGAACUAUUUUUUUUUUAACCAUAGAUGGUAUCCACUCAAGACAGAACAUGACUGUUUCUUUGUCAUCAAUCACAUUAUAUUUUACAAGGUUCAUAACUCGAGUAUCUUUAUUGCAAGAGUUAUCUCCUCUUUGAACUAAGAAUAUUGUUUAAAAAAUAUUACAUACUUUUUGCCCUUAGACUUAUCAUCUUUGUUUCUGAAGGGAUUGACUACAAAAAUUUCAAAUUGUUGUCUUUUCCAUCAGAGCAAAGAAAUUUCUGUUUCAGGAUCAUUGAUAUUGUCAUAUGCAUGAUAUAUAUAUAUAUAUAUAUUUGUGUCAUAGUUUUGUGUACCUUUACUGCAUCCAGUAUUUAGUUAGUCUCCUCUGACAGCUCUUGUUUGUAUUUUUCAUAAAUGUUUUGAAAUAGCAAUAUCAAGGGAGAAAGUUUUAUUAUGUAAACAGGAGCUAUGCUGUUGAGUGAUAUUUAUAAUUUCACAAAUGUAAUACCAGUUUAUAGGCAUUGAUGAAUGAAUAAUAUAGGGAUAUGGCAAAGAAAAACAAGGAAAAAGCAUGUAGCCAUUAGGAUCAACUGAUAACAAUGACACUUUAGUCACUUAGGAUUAGGAACAAUUUAAAAGGCACCUUUUCUCUAUUUCAAAUCCUGAAAGUUACAUUGUGGCUAUAAUGUAUUGGUUAUUCCUUGAUCCAAAUUAACAUAAUGAGACAUAAAGCCUCGGUCUCACUUACUCCCGGCAGAGCCCAGGACCAUCCCGGUAAGUUACCGGGAUGAUCCGGGAUGAAAUUAUUGUUGCGGUCACACUUACCCCGGCAGCACUACGGUAGUUCCCUACUAACCACCCAGGAUGCGCCCCGGAUCAUCC